AUGAUUGUCAAAGAAUAUCGUGUCGUUCUUCCUAUGACAGUGGAGGAGUACCAGGUUGGGCAACUGUGGUCCGUUGCCGAAGCUUCUAAAAAUGAAACGGGUGGCGGAGAAGGCGUAGAGGUUUUAAAAAAUGAACCCUUUGACGGGGUACCAUUACUAAAUGGACAAUUUUGCAAAGGACAGUACACCCACAAAAUAUAUCAUCUUCAAUCAAAAGUUCCCACUAUUAUUCGAAAAAUUGCUCCAAAGGGUUCAUUAGCAAUCCACGAGGAAGCUUGGAAUGCUUAUCCAUACUGCAAAACUGUUCUUACUAACCCCGAUUAUAUGAAAGAGAACUUCUUCAUUAAAAUCGAAACCAUGCAUUUGCCUGACCGAGGCGAGACGGAAAACGCCCAUGGUCUUCCUCCUGAAGAACUGUCGCGAAGGGAAGUGGUUCACAUCGACAUCGCCGACGACAACGAGUACCUUCAUGCGGGCGACAUUCAUCCUUCAACAACUCCAAGAACAUUCGUGAGCUCGAAAACUGGACGGUGGGUGGAGCUGAUUACUUUUACAGCAUACAUAUAUAUGGAUUAUAUUUGUAACGUGGGAAGUUUCUGGUCUCCACCAUCUUUUACGAGCCAUUUGAUACCAUGA